AUAAUGAAUUGAACCUAAUUUUAGGGCUUGAAACACACUUCAAUCGUUUCACUGAACUGGGAAUCACAGUUGGAUUGCUCGAACUCAACGAUCAUUCUUGGUUCGAUCAGUUCCUUUGGCUCUGGCAACACUCAACCAUGCCUCGGUAUUAUUGUGACUACUGUGACACUUAUCUAACACAUGAUUCUCCUUCUGUCAGAAAGCAGCACAAUGCAGGGUACAAACAUAAGGCAAAUGUCAGAACCUAUUAUCAGCAAUUUGAGGCGCAACAAAAUCAAAGUUUGAUCGACCAAAAGAUCAAGGAACAUCUUGGGCAAACUACUGCAUACCAGCAAGUUGGUGCUGCUUACAACGCAUUGAGGCCCCGUGUGCCUAUUCUUCCUACUCCAAUGAUGCCGAUGGCAGGGAACACCCAGUUACCUGUCAAUUCACCAUUAAUCCCUGGAGCUAGGCCACCAGUCUUGCCAAGACCACUUCCAGGUUAUAUGUCUGCUCCAGUGAUGCCACCAAUGGUGGGGCCACCUGGUGCUGCUCCUUUGCCUGGUCAAGUUACCAACCUCCCAAGGCCUCCACCAAUGGGUGCUCCAUCAGCAGUUCCAGGGACCACUAUGACUCCUGCUAGUGUUUCCACCUCAAUGGUUACCCCAGCUAUGUAUCAGGCGGCUAAUUCAGCGCCACCUACGAGUGGAGGUUUUGAUAGUUUCAACAUGAGUGCUCAAGCUCCUGAAGCUAAUCAAUAGUAUGGUAACACUAGUAGGUUUUUAUUUUUAAAUCUUGUAGAAUUGACUGUGUGAUUGCAGCAGUACAUUGUUUAUGGGACAUGACAAAUUGUGUAAGGAAAUCUGGUCAUCUCAAAAUAGUAAGAAAUCAUUGCAUUUUGUCUAAUAGCAUUUUAGGCCAUUAAUUACAACCAUUUAUCUCUAAAAAAAUUAUCUUGUUUCAUUUCCUGCGCUAGUGACAGCAUGUAUUUGGUACGCAUUUCAUAGCUGGAUCUGUUUGGCUUGUUUGUGUCUUAAGGUUCUGGGGUAAUGUAUGCUGAUUUGUCUCUCAAAUGGGUAGCACAUUGACUGUACUCCUUUAGGGCAUCAUUAUCAGGUUGCUUCAACUUUUUCUUCUCCACUGUCUUUUCCUUUUUCUCAGAUGAAAAAAUAUCAUCAAUAGAUAUCCAAGUCAACAGAACUCUGGUUGUGUUUUAGAGAUUGAUUCCCUUUUGAGAGGGAAGUUGGCUUUACAGUUGCUGAAGUUACAGAGCUUGUGAGGAAAAAAGAAAAAGAAAAUCUUUUGGGUAUGUAGUUAAGAGGUACUUGCUGGAGAAUUUCAACAGAACUCUGGUUGUCAUGUAAUUAAUUUUAUUUUAAUUUUCUAAUUUAACAGUGAAUUAUGUUGAUGAAUAUUGUAGUUUUUCCAUGCCAUCUGUUCUAUGCAUCUAGUGCUAAGACAUUUAGAGCAUAGUGUCCUGGCCUUUUGUUUUGUUUUGUUUUGUUCGUUUGUUUGUUUUAACAUAUGAAUUUUGUGCAUAUGCAGCAAAGAAAUUUUGACUAUACAAGAAUGGCAACAAUCAAAAGAAUGAGUUUGUUAUUUUUGUUGUUUCUCUGUUUUUUGCUUUUUGGUUUUUGGGUGUCUCAUAAUUGUGAAUGGUAUUGACAUGUUAUUGUCAUGACUGUUGUUUUUACAGGAACUAUAGUGCGAACCAGAAACAUUACUUACUGUGCAAGUCCAGUGUUCGAUUUUGUGAUUCUUGGCCAUGAGUAAUUCAAUAUGCAAUGUGCUAGGCAUGUUUGUCAGUGUGCUAAUUCCAGGAAAAUAGUUUUGUAUUUAGAUCAUGGAAACCAAUUUAGGUCUCUGGCAGAAAGAAUCUUCAUUGGGCGAAUGAACUCCCAUAGAAUAUGAAUUGCUUCCUUGAUCAGGUAUUAUGAUGUUUGAAACAUAUGGUAAAAUGAAUUGUAGAAUGCAAGGGUUUAUAAGAGAAUAUUUAGGCAUUUUGUUGAUAUGUCUGAACUCGAACCUUAUUAUGCUUCUAUGCUGAACUUGUUGGUUGGGGGUGGUUGGUCUUGUAUUAACACUCCUGCAGUCAAACAUGUUUUACCUUGUAUCUCAGUUCGAAAUCAUAUAGAUUUCAGCAAACUGUGAAUUAUGUAAUUACAUCUAUUUUUCUA